ACGUACGUCGUACUAUUCAAAGAGAUUUUAAGAGGGUAUCCUUGUCAAAGGUCCAGUAUUUCUUUCCCCAGUGAGAGUGUCCUCGUGACAAUUGAUCGUUUUUUAACUUCCCUCGGCAACGUGUCGUGCGAAAUCUGCCGCUCGACAUGGAAACACAAAGCGGGAAACGAAAGGCGCAGCGCGAGUUUUGAAGAAAAUCCAGCAGGCAGAUAAAGAAGUAGGUGAAGAUGCUUCACGGCGCUUUACCGCGGGCCUUUUUGGCUCCGGGUCUUAACUACAUGAGCUAUUACAGCGAAGAGAUUCAUCCUACUUACGCUGCGCCGCCGACCACGUGGCAUAUUCCAAUGGAGGACCCAUCCUCGCCGAUUUACUCACGAAUCCCACCAACUGAACAUCAUGCAUCAUUAUCCUGGGAGUCCUCGAGAUCUUCGACGCCGUGUCCGUUGGAUCUGUCCUUGAAGCCGCCACCAACACCGAAUACCCCGAAGACAGAAGAGAUGAUCGAAGUGGGUGUCGAAAAAGAUCUCAGGAUCCGCGAGGAGGUCCAAGCUCGUCCCGAAGAUCGCAGAGAUAGCGAGGAAGAUCAACAGCUGAUUGUCGACGACUUGGAUACCUUACGAAGCUCCUCGGCGCAGAGCCAUCAGAGCCAGUACGAACGACUGGUCCUUAAUAAAGAAUCGCCUCGCUUUCACGAUUCCAUUGUUGAUAAGUUUCAUUUUCCCGAAGAGACUACUCGAUUGCCGCCAUAUGCCGGAAGUGAGCUCGCCUCAAAGUAUCACCUGCAUAAUCAGAAGCUCCUUUUGGCAAGUCCAACGCACUUACAAUCGAUGCAGAGUUAUCACCAGCAAUUGCUUUUAACACCACAGCAACAUCUUCAAAGUGUGCACGCGCCUAUGACCCCGCCUAGUACACCAUCACCGCCUCAGUGUCCUAGGAGAAGAGUCCGAGAGGAAGAUCUCAUCUUACCGUCCUCGGGGGUGCCUACCAACGGCGCUUCCUUAUCGACCCCAAAGCAGAUUAGCAAUGAGAAAACCGUCGCCCAAAGGCCCAAGAAGAAACACGCCAGGCGGCUCAAAUUCGACGAGGACACCAGCAGCCCGGUAUCGGGCACCGUCAUCUUGGGUCCGGACGAGGCGGUGGUGACCGGCGACAUCGAUCCCGCCUUCAACAUUGUCGAGGUCACGGAGGAAGCGCGCGCUGAGCUAGCCAAGAUCGAAAAUCGGCUCGGACCGUAUCAGUGUAAGCUUUGUCGGCAGCUGCACGAGGAUGCCUUCCAGUUGGCGCAACAUCGAUGCUCCCGAAUCGCCCACGUGGAGUAUCGUUGUCCCGAAUGCGACAAGCGGUUUUCCUGCCCGGCUAAUUUAGCGUCUCAUCGACGUUGGCAUAAACCCAGACUACCCAAUACUGACAGUUCCACUACGUCGUCAUCUACGUCGUCGAACAACGCUGAGAUCCCGUGCACCAGAUGCGAGGCCAAGUUCACGAGGCAAGCUGCCCUGCGUAAACAUCUCGCCACUCAACAUCCUGAGACCAAUAACAACGUCAGCAAUAGCAAUAAUAACAACGUCGGAGUCGACAGUCAGGAAGUCAUCGGUAAAUCAGACAUCGCCCAAACAGUUCCGACCAGCCAGUUGACCAGCGAGAUGACUUGA